CAAGCUGCUUAUAGAGGCAGUUUUACCUAUAUGAGCGUCCAUUACCACAUGCACACGGCUUGGUCUGCUUACCGUUAGCCAGGGAUCGAGACGGGGCCUCAACUCCUGACAUCUCUGGGAUUAUAGCUACACAUUUAGUCAGCGCCGGGCUUCAUACCCACACAUGAAGUUCUUCUUGGGCGACGUGAGACUUGACCAGUUCUUUGUAAAGGAGAAUAGGUGAUUUCUGUGCGAUUUUUGAGCGGUGACCGAGGUGCCAGCGGAGAGGGGAAGUUGACGGGUACGGAGCGAGUGAGCGUUACGGAGGGCAGAUCUACGGCCAGUCAGCCAUGGCUAGCCGGCUCCCCGUCCUUGGCGCUCUUCUCAUCAUCACAGGCAUCCUUGUAACCAGCGCCGAGGCAGCUACCAUAGAAUGUGCCUGCUCAACGGAAGACUGCAAAAGAGAGAUGAAAUUCUCGUGCACCACCAAAAAUAUUUGCUACGUGCAGUAUUUGGCCACCACGCGAAUGGAUGAUGACAGAGAGGCCAUCGAGCGAGGAUGUAUCGAUGAAAGCACACCGUUGCUGUGUGAGAAUCGCAGGCCUCAGAAGCUGCGUGCACACGCGCCAUGGCCUAUCCUCUACUGCUGUAAUGACAAAGACUUCUGCAAUCAGAAUGUCCUGCCAACAAUCCCAACAUAUAUCAAGGAAGGUAUGCAACGUCUUAAUCUGACGGGACGGAGGAACCCCCCACCCCCCAUCAUCCCAGUGGAACCAUUUCACAAGUCGGGACCAAAAGUAGAGAAAUUGCCCCGGCAAAACGCCCCAACGUUGUGCUCUGAUAACUCAGAGCAGCCCAUGCCAGUCCUGCACACCCAGAGCUCCGGUAGUCCCCAUAGGACUAUCAACCCAAUUUACAUCGCGGUGCCGCUAGCCGGUGUGUGUGUGCUGCUGGCACUCAUCAUAUUUGCCAUGUACUUAUUAAAGCGUAGGAAUACGUACUACGAUCACUAUCCUUAUCACACGCACGUGUCAACGCUACAUCCGCACUGUCAUGUAGACCCAAAACGGACUGUACCCAAAAUGAAUCGGUGCACUGACAGUGAACGCUCAUCUUCAGGGAGUGAAUCAAAACUGUUCAUACAGGCAUGAGAGUGGGCAGCAGUGUUAUGUUUUGUUAUGGACAAGUUGGCAGGAGUUGCUUCCCUUGUCUUGUACAGAGUAGUCAGCCGUGUUUCAAGCUGACCAUUUCUGAGAGAUGGCGCUGUGCACCAAGUUAGUCUCCAGCAAGUGGUGGCAAUACUAUGCAGACUCUUAAGGACAUUGCAUGCCUUUGCAUACAUUUGUCUAUGAAUAACUAUACAAGGGUUGCAUCCUUCUCAAGAGACCUAAACAUAACAUUACUGACGUGUGACAGGAAGAGUGGCUGGGAGAAAAUGUGAAUGAGAGAUUGAUGAAAAUCAAAUAUACAUAAGUGCUGUGUAAUAUAUGUAAAUAUUUGUGUAUACAUGUGCUUUCCCUCCUGACAAUUAUGAGUGUUCGUGUCUUAGCAUAAGUUAUUGGUCAAAAGUACCAGCUGCAGCAAAACAAAUCAUCCCUUGUAUUCAUAAAGGACUAGUCCAUAUCAGUCCUUUCAGCUGCAGAAUUAGUUGUAUGGUCAAAACUGGAAGAGUUCAUUUACACAUCUCUAGGGUCAAAGGUGUUGCUCUAUAUGACUUCUUCUUGGUUAGUCAAUAUAGGACGCUGAGUGUUAUGGCAUUUACGAAAUGUACAUGUAUGUAAAUAAGUUUAUAUACUCCGAAGCUAGCAUGCCUACAGCAUUAUGUUUUAAAAGGCAGUGGAGUUUCACAUGUGAAUAAAUUCACUUUUGGUAAUUGUUGCAACAUUAUGCUCAAAUGAUUUGUUAGAUGUAUAUGCAAUAGAUGUUACUUGAACAAUGCAUGUGAAAACUGAUCUUGGGUUUGUAGAUUCUGGCUAAUAGUAUGUUCCAGUUGUCUUUCUGGCGAGAACGACUGGACGGUUUCGUCAACUGAUAAACUGGCAUUGUAUGCAAGAAUCACAUGAUUUAAAACUGCAUUCUGAUUGGAUAAUGCCAUCGAGCUCAAGGAUCAAAAAUACAGAAAACCCUUUUAUGAUGAAGUUUUAAUUUGUCAUUUGGUUUUCUUGAAAUCAAGAUUUUGAUAUAACAAUGUUAAAUGUCUGGAAUAUUUAAGUUCCACUGCGUAGUGUUCAAAUUUCCUGUUUUCAGCCUCUGAAAGAGAAAAACUUUUGAGCAUUUCAGUUAAGAAUGUUACAUUCAGUUUCUGAUGUAAAAGUUUUUUUAAAACUUGGAAUGAGUAUAUUGCAUUUAUAGCAGAAUGUAUGUGUAAGUCAUUUUAGCUAUAGAAGUCUGACCCUCCAAAAAUUUAUGCCUGGUUGUAUUAAGGUGUUUAAGUAUUUUUUUGCCCCAUGAAGAGUUUACAGUGGAAAUGAUUACACUGUUCUCAAGAAUAUUUCACCUAUACGACGACGACCAGCAUUAUUGUGGAAGGAAAUCGGGCAUAGCCCCAGGGGAAACUCAUGACCAUCUGCAGGUUGCUGGUAGACCUUCUCACAUACAGCCGGCGGUGGAAAUGAUAGUUUAAAGUUAAAAAUUUUUACUCCUUAAAAGAGUGUACAAGAAUAACUGGAUGAAGACAAAAAGUUAAUAAAAAUAAGGACAAAAAGAAGUUUUUCAGAUGCAGAUCCUUUAAAUUAAAAUCUAUAUUUGUGUUUCUAAUUCCUUUGUUUUAUCUGUAAAGAGAUUCAGAAUGUGACUUGAAACUUUCAACUAUAAUAUGUAUCAAUCACUACACCAUCAAAAAUACAAUGUUAUGACAAAAUUUUGAAUUUGUGCAGAAAGCAGCUUUUCAGAAACAACAAGCCCUGUGUCAGAUUUGCAAAAACAAAACGAAACAAAAAAAAAAGCAAUAAAAAAACCCCUUUUUAAUGCAUGUAUAUCAUGGAGGGUGUGUGUCUAGUUUUCAUUUCCACUUUAAGAAUGUUUUUAUAAAUAUUAUCAAACAUUAUCAUCCUUAAUUUAAGACCUGGUAGAAUUGGGCGCAAUUGGUGUAUACAAACGUUUCCUGGCAUUUCAUUCUGUCACUUUUGUUGUCUUACGUUACACACCUCUGUGGUUGUACUCUAACUUUAAGCCUGUCUAAAGGUAUGAAGCAUGUAUUGGAUUCUAAAACUCAGAAAGUGGAAACAGUUGAUAGGAGAAUAGCAGCUGCAUUUUAUUCUGGUUUUGACCCUCACACUUCAACGGAAGCCAUUAGUUUUAUUUGUAAAAACAAAAGGAGUUGUCAAAUAUUUUACAGUAAUCAUUUUGUGUGGAGAUAUAUAUUUAUACCUUUCUUGUGUUUUUAUACAUUUCUAUGAAAUGGGAUGUGUUGAUAUACUCCAACAGUUGUUUGAAAAAGAAUCCUAUGUACAUAUUUGCAUGUGUCAGUAUGUUAAUGACCAUAAGCCUAUUAGUAAGUCACAUGACCUGAUUCAAGACCUGGGCCUGUGGCGUGCACCUGGACUCCGGUGAGACAAGACCACACAUCUAGCAAGCUGGUCAUCGUUGCAGAACUUAAAUGUAUGACUUUAUAAGUAAUACAGUGUUUUUCCCUUUCUUUGAAAUGUUUCCUGAAGUUUAACUGUUAACAACAACUUCGCAACAAUGUUUUUUGUUACAUUCUGAUCAGUUGUAGAAAACUGACGAAACAAAGAACUUCAUAGGAACAUGCCGAAAAUUACAGAAUUUUAAAUCUUCCAGUUUACAUGGAUGCAUUUCAUAUUUUCAUAAAUGGCGUUUGUAAGUGAUUUACUGUCACAGACCGUCACUUCUUAGAUCUCCCAAGAUGCUUCUCUUUUUGGAGUAAAUGUGUCUUUAUGAUGUAACACACAGUUAAUUCAUCAACGUUUGGCUAUUUCUGUCAACAUAGUUGUUUCAGGCGAACGCACAGUUCGCGGCAAAAUAGAGCAUAUUACACUCAACCUGUACAAUUUCUCGAGACAAGGGAGAUAACUUUUAAAUUGAAAAUUUGUUUUUACAGCUGUCUAUUUUGUGGUUGUCUCCCCUGAGUGCGUAUGCAUCACCCACCUACGCUUACAAGUUGUUGCUUGUAGUGCUUACGCGUACGAUGUGCCUUAUCACUCGGUCUGUAUAUAAUGCCCAAUGUGUGUGUCAUUGUGUAUGCGUAUUGGUGUGCGAACACCACUUGAUUAUGAAAUUAAAAUCAAAAUACUUUUCAA